AUGCUUUCCACCCCUUCUCUCCCCUCUAUGGGUAUGCUCGCCCUUAGUGCCAUGCAAUUGGCUGCGGGUGCAGUGUUUGAGUUCCCGUCCUGCCCGAAGGAUACUCCCUUCAGCUGUCAGAACUCGACCGCAGUAGCCGACUCCUGCUGCUUCAAUUCGCCGGGAGGCGCCCUCCUGCAGACACAGUUCUGGGACACAGAUCCUCCAGCUGGUCCCUCCGACUCCUGGACCAUCCACGGUCUCUGGCCUGAUAACUGCGAUGGCAGCUACGAGCAAUACUGCGACAAGUCGCGCGAGUACUCGAACAUCACCGCAAUUCUUCAGGAGCAGGGUCAGACCGAACUUCUGUCCUACAUGAAGAAAUACUGGCCCAACUAUGAGGGCGAGGAUGAAGAAUUCUGGGAGCACGAGUGGAACAAGCACGGUACCUGCAUCAACACCAUUGAACCAAGCUGCUACAAGGAUUACACCCCGCAGAAGGAAGUGGCUGAUUAUUUGGCGAAGACCGUAGACCUUUUCAAAGGUCUGGACAGCUACAAGGCCCUCGCCAAAGCCGGCAUCGUCCCCCAUGCCUCCAAGACCUACAAACUGGCUGAGAUCGAAUCUGCUCUUGCCGCGAUUCAUGACGGCAAGAAGCCCUACAUCGGCUGCGAUGACGGUGCGCUGAACGAGAUUUGGUAUUUCUAUAACACCAAGGGCAAUGCGAUCACCGGCGAGUACCAGCCAAUUGACACUCUUACGACUACUAAAUGUUCCUCCUCUGGUAUUAAGUACCUGCCCAAGAAGAGCGAGAACUCCACCGCGCCAGCCUGGAAAUUCCGUAGUGACAAGGCUAGCCAGUCUGUUCGCUUCAACUAA